AAUGUAAAAGAGCUGAAUUGUUUGUCAUACUUUGGUCACUUUAUUUUGAUAGUCCCGCAUAAAUGGUUAAUUGAUGCUCAAACUAUCAACUGCAACUCUGUUAUAUAACUUGACUCAACUUGAAACACCACAGCUUCCUACGGUUAGAGCUAAAGUUUGUUGAUAGUACUUGAGCAUCUAUGAACGGGUCCAUCUGUAGGCUCUAUUAUAGAGGACUAUCCAAAUCCAGUGUUGCCCAUACAGUAGUAAUGUUGUGCAUGUCUUUGCUUUCACACUAGGUGGAGAUGAGGAAAGCGUUCUGUGUGAUUGUACCAUAUAACCUAUCUGGUACCAUUGCAACCAACAGCCAAGUAUGAUUUUAAAUGAUCUAUAAAUCUGGAGCUAAGAUAACACAGCAUUAUAUUUUUCUAUUCACGUGGGCAGAUUUGUAGCCCAUGAUAUCCUGUAUGAAUGGUAUAUGAUGAGACAUGAAUGUGCCAGGUAAUGGUUUGUGAGUCAUUUUAUAAAUGUAACACAUUGUCUUUUUAUGAACAUUGAAUACAUAUGGGUUAUUAAUUUAUUAGGCAAAUGCAGUUUAUUAGUAGCCUAAUUUCACUUAUUUAUUGUUCCAUAUUAGACUGGGUCUAACGUUACUCUGUAUUACAUAUUGCUCACUAUCUACAAUUCUCUUUUAUUUUUGGCUCAAGCUAUACUGAAUAGUCCCAUACAGAGAAGAGGCGAAAAUUCAUAAUAAAUCCCGUGCGCUCUGCACGUAUCUUUCCUUUUUAAAUUCAAAUCGCAUUAGCAGACAUAAUUUGAGUUUCUGGGGGCGGGGAUGGAGCGACCGCACUUGCUCACAAAAAUGAUCGGUUGUAGACUAUUAGAUAUCUUUCCCCACCACUCGCUACAGUAUCGUAGACUGGAUCUAGUCUGAAACCAAUGGAAUCCUGAAUCAUGGCUGCAAAAGAGGAUCUAUUUAGCAAAAUCAUCCCGCGAAGCCUUCGGCCGAAAGUAUCGGGCACUGUGAAAUAUGGAUCGAAUUUGGACGUCCUCUUAUCGAUGGGUUUCCCCAAAGCCAGGGCAUUGAAGGCACUAGUAUCAACAGGAGGCAGGAGUGUACAGGCAGCAUGCGACUGGCUGUUCUCCCAUGUGGAUGACCCCUUCCUGGAUGACCCGUUGCCCAGAGAGUACGUCCUGUACCUGCGCCCCAGCGGACCCCUGCAGAAUCAGCUCCAUCACUUCUGGCAGCAGUCCCGCGUCUCCUGCGGCAAGAACAAGGCCCACAACAUCUUCCCCCACAUCACGCUCUGCCAGUUCUUCAUGUGUGCAGACAAGAAGGUGGAUGCCCUGUUGGAGGCCCUGCAGGCCACGGUUGGCCAAUGGAGGGGUCGUUUCCCUAGCCCUCUGCCCCUGGAACUCUACACCUCCUUCAACUUCAUAGGCCUCUUCGUCGAGGAUGAGAUCGCAGAUGUCCUCAAGCAGUUUGCUGCUGACUUUGCUUCCGAGGCUGCCAGAAAAGCAGAUGUCCAUUUAGAGCCCCAUAAGAAGCAGCUCCAUGUGACGUUAGCCUACUACUUCCCCACCAAUCACCUGACCUCCCUGGAAAAGCUGGCCAAGGGAAUCGAGGUGAAGCUAGGCUGUGAUUGGCUGGCUGUCCUUUUCUCCCGGGACAUUCGGUUUGCCAAUCAUGAGACGCUGCGCGUGAUGUAUCCCUACGCCCCUCAGAAUGAGGACGAGCUGGAGCUGGUCCUGGGUGACUUUGUCUUCACGUCUCCCUUGGAGCAGAAAAACACCAGCGAGGGCUGGGUCUACGGGUCCUCCCUGGCCACGGGGCUGUCUGGCCUAUUGCCUGAGAACUACGUCGGCCGGGCAGACGAGUGUGACACCUGGGUCUUCCAUGGAUCACACUCCUUCUUCAAUUGCUCCGCCACCUCCGACAAAGAGAGCAGGGAAAGGGGCCUGUUCGAUGGACUGCUGGACAGCCGUCGCCUCGACAACGCAAGCCCUGGGGACACACCCACUUCGAGCCUUAUCUGUCAUCCCAUGCAGGUGCUUCGGGUCGGUAGCAAUCACUCUCAGCUGCCCAAGCGGACCCUGUUUGUCUGUCGGCACGGUGAGCGGAUGGAUGUGGUGUUUGGGAAACAGUGGCUUUCACUGUGCUCUGACUCCAAAGGUAGAUAUGUGCGCACUAACCUGAACAUGCCAGUCAGCCUGCCCAUGUGGAAUGGAGGACACCGAGAUUACGACAUGGACACCCCCAUCACUGUGUUUGGUUCCACACAAGCACAAAUAGUGGGUCAGGCGUUGUUGGAGAGCAACACAGUGAUAGACUUUGUGUACUGUUCGCCUUCUCUGCGCUGUGUCCAGACUGUUCAGAACAUCCUCAAAGGUCUGCAGCAGGAUGGCAAGCUGAAGAUCAGAGUGGAGCCAGGGCUAUUCGAAUGGACCAAGUGGGUCUCUGGGAGCUCUCUUCCUGCCUGGAUCCCUCCCACAGACCUGGCUGCAUCCCACUUCAGUGUUGACACAACAUACAGACCUCUCAUCCCAAUAUGCAAACUUAGAGUGUCGGAGUCCUAUGACACGUACGUGAGCCGGAGCUACCAAGUGACCAAAGACAUUCUGUCUGACUGCAAAAACAUGGGAAACAACAUACUGAUUGUGGCCCAUGCUUCCUCUCUGGAGGCCUGCACCCGACAGCUCCAGGGCCGCAGCCCCCAGACCUCCAAGGACUUCAUCCAAGUAGUCAGGAAGAUCCCCUACCUGGGUUUCUGUACGUGCGAGGAGCAGAGUGACACGGGGGUCUGGCAGCUGGUGGACCCGCCCAUCCUGCCCCUCACACAUGGGCCCAACCACAGCUUCAACUGGAGGGAGACCCUCCUCCAGGAAUGACAUCCGCUUCCGUGGAGAGCAGACUUGCUCAGGCCCAUCCCGAGGAUGUAGUUUCUGGUCAAACAGCACUGAAAGACCCCACCAGAGUCAAUGGGUGGUUGGACCUGGAUGUACUGUACUGUACAUAUUGUCAUUUGACAGUAUUGUUGACAUUUCUAAUUUGACAGUAUUGUUGUUAGUGAGAGUGGAGAGGGCAGGGCUAAGUCUCGGCCUGGUUGAUCGUGGAGGCUAAGCACAUGAACCAUUACAUAUUAUAUCAUCAACUGCGUGCCAGAAGGAAGUCACAAGGUUGAGAACAUUGACCUAAAAAAACGAACAGAGUAGUUUGUGUUUCGAAAAGCAAUUGUAUCCCUAGUCCCGCUUGCAGAUGUUAUCCUCAAAAGUCCUUGAUUGUAGCCGCAAGUCAUUUCUCGGAUGUUUCCCGGUGUGGAAUCUGUGUUUCUGUGUGUAUAAAGUUUAACUCAUUGUGGGAGAAAACAUGCAAAACUUAGUUCAUGAUCCCUUGCAAUGUGUUCAGUAUGACAUCGUUUAUGACUUUAUGGUCACGUUGUAUGCUGGUUGUAUAAAAACGUUUUGUUAACGAAGGUAACCAGAAAAAGCUGUCUGCCUGGUUGUUAUGUGACCAGAUGGCAGCCAACAUACAGUGCCUUGCGAAAGUAUUCGGCCCCCUUGAACUUUGCGACCUUUUGCCACAUUUCAGGCUUCAAACAUAAAGAUAUAA